CUCUCUCUCUCUCUCUCUAUAAACUCCAGAUCUUUCCACACAAACGAAACGAACCACCCCCUUCUCUCUCUUUAUAUCUCACACAAUCUGCAGACAAACACUCUCUCUUUCUCUCUCUUCACCUCACAUCGCAACAUCGCACAUACAAAUCUCAAAACCUUCUUCAUUCAUCAUAUAAAAGACACCCUUCUUUCGAAUCCUUCCCGCUCUCUCUCUCUCUCACUCCAAUUUCCAAAACCCUAAUUUUUCCUCUCAAUUCCAAGGGUUUAUGGCUGACCAAGGAUUGGAAGGAAGCCAGCCGGUUGAUCUACAGAAGCACCCUUCUGGGAUUGUGCCUACCCUCCAAAAUAUAGUGUCAACUGUCAAUUUGGACUGUAAGUUGGACCUCAAAACCAUUGCACUUCAGGCUCGUAAUGCAGAGUAUAAUCCCAAGCGUUUUGCUGCCGUCAUCAUGAGGAUCAGGGAACCAAAAACAACUGCACUUAUCUUUGCUUCUGGCAAGAUGGUUUGUACUGGAGCUAAGAGUGAGCAACAGUCGAAAUUGGCAGCAAGGAAGUAUGCUCGUAUUAUUCAAAAACUUGGUUUCAACGCUAAAUUUAAGGAUUUCAAGAUUCAGAACAUUGUUGGUUCUUGUGAUGUCAAGUUCCCAAUACGGCUGGAGGGUCUUGCAUAUUCCCAUGGUGCUUUCUCCAGUUAUGAACCAGAGCUGUUUCCAGGGCUUAUAUACCGUAUGAAGCAACCCAAGAUUGUCUUGCUUAUAUUUGUCUCUGGAAAAAUUGUUCUAACAGGGGCUAAGGUGAGAGAUGAGACUUACACAGCCUUUGAGAACAUAUAUCCUGUGCUUACUGAGUUCAGGAAAAACCAACAAUGAUAAUUGUCAAGAACAGGAGCAGUGUGGUCUCGCAGAGAACUUCGUGAAACUGUAAAUAUUAAGACAAAGGAGACAUCUGAAUCUGAAUUGAUAUAAAAUUAAGACAACCUUUUGUGUUGUUCUGUCUCUGUUUUUGAUAGGUCUUGAACUCUUGAUAUAGUCUUAAGUGAAGGGUAUUGGUCUAUUGAAUUGACAUUUAAAAAGAUGAUAUUCAAGAGGCAGAAGGGAAAAAAGAAGUGGGGUAGAGCUUGAAGGAAAGAGCAUGUUGCGUUCUGAUAGCUGGGCAGUUGGGCAUCUGAUGAAGUUUUAAACUCUUGAUUUGGUUCCUUAAAGUUUUGAUGGUUAUUGUCGAUCAGAUCUUAGUAGUCAUAUACUUAAGGAGUAUGGAAUGUCUUAAACAACAAAUAAAAGCUUAGUUGCCACCAUUUCUUGGCACACCUGGUCGUCAGGACUUAGGUUUGAGCCCUCACCCCAAUGGUGUGGAUUUGAAUCCCCUUAUUGACAGAAAUCCAAGUUGAAGGGCAUUCCUACUUAGGCAAAAUUCACCCCCCCCGGUUUUCACUAUGUUAUUUGCGCUCUGUCAGGUAGGCCUGGAACUGCAUCUCCGAGCCUGCCACCUUUUUUUUACCAAAAAAAUUAAAUAAAAGCUUAGUUGCUACAA